AUGGUUCAGGUUGAAAGAGACCACAGAGAUUGUUCUCUACGAGAGGGUCGUGGGUCCCCAGGGCACGAGGGGACAGAAAGGACGGGGGGGGACAGGGACCCUGCCCAGGUGGGAGGCGGGGCGAUACCGAACAGACCACGCCCUCUUUGUGCAUGGUCACGCCUCUUUCCCAUAGGGUCUUUCUGGCUCCUCCUUCGCGCGGGGCACGCUGGGAGUUGUAGUGCGGGCGGUGCGGAAGCCGCGGCCGCCAUGGCCCCCGGAGCGGCCCCGGUCCCGGUCCCGGUCCGGGUGCUGCUGGUGCUGCUGGCGGCCGCCGCCCGCCCCGCCGCAGCCUGGGACCUGUGGGCGCUGCGCUGCGGCUUCUCGGCGGACUGCGAGUGCGGCUUCGGGCCCGACCUGCGCGGGCUGGAGUUCGACUUGGCCACGAAUCUGGUGGGGCAGCCCCUGGUGAGGCAGCAGGUGAUGAAGGGGCUGAGGGAGUUCCUGGAGAACCCGAACCCAGUGAAACCCCUCGUGAUGUCCUUCCACGGCUCGACCGGAACAGGCAAAACCUACGUGAGCUCCAUGCUCAUCCGCUACCUCUUCCAGAGGGGGCUCCAGAGCCCCUAUGUUCACCACUUCUCCCCCAUAGUGCAUUUCCCCCACGCUGAGCAGAUCGAGCAGUACAAGGAAAGCCUGAAGCGCUGGAUCCAAGGGAACCUGACCAACUGUGGGCGCUCAGCGUUUCUCUUUGAUGAGAUGGACAAGAUGCACCCAGGCCUGAUUGAUGUGAUCAUCCCGUUCCUGGGGCCCUCGUGGGUUGUGUACGGGACCAACUACCGCAAAGCCAUCUUCAUCUUCAUCAGCAAUGCAGGAGGGGAGCAGAUCAACAACGUGACAUUGGCUCUGUGGCGUGCCCGCAAGGACCGGGAGGAGAUCAGCCUGCAGGACCUGGAGCCAGCCAUCUCCAAGGCCGUGUUUGAAAACCCUGAGAGUGGCUUCUGGAAAUCUGGGAUCAUUAAUGAGCAUCUCAUUGAUUUUGUUGUGCCUUUCCUCCCACUGAAGCACCACCACGUGAAGCAGUGUGUUGUCAGUGAGCUCAUCCAGCAAGGCCUCGAGGUACGCCCGGAUGUCGUCCAGGAAGUGGCUGACAGCAUCCCCUACUUCCCAGAAGAGGAGAAAUUAUUCUCAUCAACAGGCUGCAAAACAGUGGCCUCUCGCAUCAGUUUUUUCUUCUAGUCGCUGGCAAGGGCCUCUCUCAGAUCCACAUGGAGCUGGAAAGCAGCCAGGGCUGGUGGGAUGUGCAGUGGGAAUGGUGUGUCACUCCCCACAGCACAAGUGCUCUCCUGCUGAACUCUCUCCAGCUCCAAGGAGUCCACUGUAGGAUGCAGCUGCAGGACCAUGUGCAAAUUAUGUAAUUUUAAGCACUUUACUGAUUGACUCUUGGCCAGGUAAAGGUGGAUCCACCACCUGAGACAUGUGUGAUGACAUGGGGAAGAUGCUGAGAGGGUCUGCAGUGUCAGGGAGGUUUUCACCCUGUCAACAGCACCCCUCCACAGCUCUCCCCACUUCUGGCAGCUGUUGAUACCCAAUACGUUAAGAUUCUGAGCCCACAGAAGAAUAUUUCUUCCUUACAGCAUUUUAACAGUUUUUUAAAACCUUUUUAAGCAUAGCUGUGCCUCAGCUCCUUGGCACAACAUAGUGGUGCUGACUCCUGUGAACACCUCAACAUGGCAACCAAGGUUUCUUUUCAAGGAAGUUUUAGAUCCUCCCACAUUCCAGUUUGUUUUUACUGUGAAUAGGUGCUUGGUAGCUUCCACACCAAUGAGGGGGGUAAUGUGGGAGAGGGGAACACCUGAUCUGCCAUGAGCCAGGCUCCCCUACCACCCCUUCAUCCAUCUUUCCCCUAAGGGCCAAAGGAUUUCCCUGUAGCAAACCAGGAAAACAACAACAAGAGACUUCUUGCUUGUUUUACCAGCCAUGCAGAAUCUCAUCCUACCUCCAGGGGAGCCCACAGUGCUGCUAACGGUUUUGAAAAUUCCUUUUAUUCACUGAUGGUUUCUACAGCAGAGUUGGUGCUAUGAGCUGUGGAGCUUCUUGUACAUCCUUGUGCUGGUCAGACCUUGCAGGCUUUGGCUGGGCCAGCAGCCAUUCAGCUUCUGGAGAGUGUCACAGUGGGGGACCUGGGGACAAGUUAGAGAAGAUUAGUGCUCCAGACUGCCAAGCUUGGGAUGCACAGCCUGGUUUUUGCCCUGAUUUUAAUGUCCUCUAUGCUGUUAUGGAAUAAGAGGUCAGGGGAACCAGAGUCAUUCACUCUCUAGGAACAACCUGCUCAAGGGAUGGGUGUAGGGACACUUUGCAAAUCUUCCAAAGCUCUGCUUGUUCCCUGUAUGGAAAUAAGCUGCCAGUGCUUGGGGACCAUUCCAGCUCCAGGCCCUGAGCUUUGGGGAUUUUAGACACCACCCAAAGGGUGCCCAAGAGCUGGCCCAAAGACAGAGGCAAAAAUUCUGCCUCAUGCAAAAAUAUUAAUUUCUAAUUUUAAAAUAAAUCUUAUAAGAAUGAAA